UAGCAGUGGAGUUCCUGGGUAUCCCAGAGUAUAAGGAAAGGUGAACGAGGCCUUUAUCCUAUAGACGGAGCCACGUGGCCGGUCAUAAGUUGUCCCCUUUUACCUUAUACUGUCAUCCACUUUCUACUUUGUUUUCACGUGACUUCCCUGUGCUUUGUCUCUGGACAAUUAUUAACAUUUACUGCACCUACCUUCACCUUCAGCGCUGAAUACGCCUCCAGAUUCUACCUGUACGAAAAGUUCAUCUAUGCAGGCAGCUGACCAUGUGAUGGAGCCGAGUGCUUCAGGAGUUUUCUGUAGCAGGAUUCUAAAUAUGGUGAACUCGGAGGACGUUAAUGCCAUCAUACUGGCUCAGAGACACAUGCUUGACCGCUUUGAAAAGACUAAUGAAAUGCUGUCAAACUUUAACAGUCUGUCUAAUGCACGACUGCAACAGAUGAGUGAUCGAUUUGUACAUCAUACAAGGACCCUGGUGGAGAUGAAGAAGGAUCUGGACUUAAUAUUUAGAAGAAUAAGGAUGUUAAAAGGGAAGUUGGCAAAACAGUAUCCAGAGUCUUUUAGUAGAAUAGGAUCGCAGACGAGGACCGAAGCAGGGCACCGCGGGAACGAUGGAGGUGUACACGAAUCUCCCAUUUUGGAAGAUGAUGAUGAUUUUGAUCCAACCCCAAAGAGUGCAGCCACCACUAUUGCUACUUCAGAGCAGAGCACAGAGUCUUGUGAUACUAGUCCCUCAAUCAUUUCCCCGACUAUGAGUCAGGACUUUGAGGACUUAUCCCAGGCUCCCUCUGAAACUCCAUCUGCAAAUGGGCAGCUUCUGACAGAUGAUGAGGUGGCUCAUGAGGACUAGUAGACUGUUUUGGGGGAACUUGCUCAAGCAUGUUACUAAAGACUUGUCAUGAAUGGGAUUUUGGCAGUCCUGAAAUGAACAUAGUGGUCCCAGAGGUAUUUUUGGAUGAACUUUGAGACCAAUCUCAAGGCUGAGAUCACUGUCCUUCUUCUCCCAGUGAAGGUUGUGUUCCAAACUGCACUUGUUCAUAUUAUUCUUCUAUGUCUAUAUGUAAAUGAGUUGACAAUACUGCAAAGUGAAGAUUAAAGUAAGAAAUGCCACUUUGAAAGCAGUGCUGUAUUUUCUCCUAUUAGCUUUUAAAAAAAAUAGAAAUACCUUGUUAAUCUGUCAUAAUUUAAUUAUAGGGCUUUGUCUUAUACUAUCUGAAUGGUUUGUCUGUUUUAUGGCUCAGGAAAUGUGAUCAUUCAUCAUGGUAUAAAGCACCUUAAAACAUUGCCUUUUAUCCUUAUUAUGUCCGUUAAUUUCUGACUUAAUAUAGAUUUGCUACCACUCGUAGUUAACCCUACCAAUGAGUACCUUACUGUAUUGCUGUAUAUGAUCUUCAGCCUUCCUCAGAGGGGACACUGUUAUCACAAUUUUAUAUAACAGAUAUAACAAACAUUACAUGAAUAUUCAUAUGUGUACAUAAAAGAGCAAG